AUGUACGGCAUGCUCCUGGAGAGUGUGCAGCACUUCGUGCAGCUGGAGUACGGGGAGGAGAUGUGGCUGCAAAUUGUCGAAAGUGCCGGCACGAAAAAUGUGGUUUUCAACACCAGACAGAUCUACCCGGAUCACUUGAUGACCGAUCUUGCUGCCGCCCUGGCGGGACAUACGGGUGAUACGGUGGACUGGGUGAUGCAAUUCUUCGGAAAGUGUUUCGUCAGAUUCUUCAGUAACCUGGGCUACGAUUGCACCAUAAAGGCAACCGGUCGCUACUUUUGCGACUUCCUGCAGAGCGUCGACAACAUCCACAUGCAGAUGCGAUUCACGUACCCGAAGAUGAAGAGCCCCUCUAUGUAUACCACCCACGUGGAUCCCCAUGGCGUCGUCCUGGUGUACAGGAGUACAAGACAAGGCUUCACUCAUUACUUCAUGGGUCAAUUGUAUCAAAUCGCGAAGGAGCUUUACGACACGAGUCUCGACAUCCGAGUUCUGGAGAGCUCAAACAAUAUUCCCGGUUCUCGAAGUGUGAUGGUCAAAUUUCGUAUCGACUUCGACAACCGCGAUUACGUGCAUAAAACUAACCGAACGAACGGCCCGAUGUUCCGCCAAUUGAAGCCAGUGUCUUCCACGUUUCUUCUGCGGCUUUUCCCAUUUGGGGUCCUUUUGGACAGAGACAUGCAAGUGCUUGCUGCAGGAGAAAAAUUAUUCCAAGCCUGGGGAGGCACCGAGUCCCUCAUCAAUAAACAAGCCACUGAGAUAUUUAAACUACGACGUCCUAAGGGAAUCGCCUUCACCUGGAGAAACGUCCUGUACAUGCAUAACGUAACCUUCGAGCUGGAGCUGGUUCGAGCGACAGAAAAUCAGAGCAGAACCUCCGUUGAAAAUGAAAAUGGCACCCCUAGUACGAGUCUGGAUCGCAGGGGAAGCCAGGGGUCCCGAAGUAUUUUAUUAAAGGGAGAGAUGAGACACAUCGAGGACAUCAAGGCCAUCAUUUUCCUCUGCAGCCCUUUAAUAAAUAGCCUCGACGAGCUGCUGAACAUGGGCUUGUUCCUCAACGACCUUAAUCCACAUGGCAUGAGCAGGGAGAUGGUCCUGGCGGGUUGGCAGCACUGUGGAAGACUGGAAAUGAUGUUCGAAAGAGCCGAGCAGAGAUCCACGGAGCUGGGGAAUAGUUACGCGCUUCUGGACCGCUGGAAGAACAAAAGCGAUGAAUUGUUGUAUUCGAUGAUCCCUCAAACUGUUGCCGAUCGCUUGCGAGCCGGGGCCAGUCCUCUCAGUACUUGCGAGUCCUUUGAGUCCAUCACGGUUUUGUUCUGUGAACUUUGCGAGUUCGACUACACCACCGUUGAAGGCGCCAUGGACAUCGUUUCCUCCAUGAAUGCCGUUUUUUCUUGCUUCGACUCCCUCAUGGAUCGGUUCGACGUCUACAAAGUAGAGACUGUAGGACGCGUUUACAUGGCUGCGAGUGGAGCUCCCGAUAGGACCGAUAAUCAUGCAAAAAAUGUUGCAGAUUUGUCUUUACAAUUGAUAACUCAUGUCCGGUCGCUGAAAUUACCUUCUGGACUGGAUUUGCAGAUUCGAAUAGGCAUUCAUUCUGGACCAGCAGUGGCAGGAGUCGUUGGCAUUAAAGUUCCUCGAUACUGCUUUUUCGGAGACACCGUAAACACGGCUUCUCGAAUGCAAACGACAGGCCUGCCCGGAAAAAUCCACAUUUCCCCGGAUACCAAGGCGUUGCUUCCCGAAGGCGAAUAUAGAAUGGAAUCGCGAGGACUGGUGUGGGUGAAAGGGAAGGGAAACAUGGAAACUUAUUGGCUGUACGAAGAAGCUGGAAAUCACCCUGAAGAGGUGGUGUCUAAUACUAGCGACAUCUGA